GGUACUUAUUAAAAAAUAUCUACAAACUUAUUAAUUUAAAUACAAUGUUUUAUGUUUCAGAUUUUAAAAGCAAAGUACAAUGGAUAAAUCUAAGAAUAUUAUUUUUAGAUAUCAUCAAUCACUUUAAUAACCUCUUAAAAAUUAAACUAACAUUUUAUUCUAUGUUUUGCUUUAAACAUUCCUAAUUUAUGCAUGGGAAAUGGUUGGUGGCAGAGCUAUAUUUUAUCUUGUGCUUCAUCUACCAAAUAUAACAGGAUGAUGCUUGAUCCAUUGACCAAAGCACGUCUACAAUACUGGACCAGUACUUCGGAAACAUUCCAUUCGACCCUAGCUACAGCACCUAGACAGUCUACAUCAUCUACACAACAGCCAUUAACAACCAGCGCAUCACCUGAGAAUUCUGAUGGCACUGCCACUGCUACUGAACCACGUUUCCCAUGCCCCAAGUGCCCCCGUAGCUAUCGAAAUCGAAAUCACCUUUACCGCCAUGUGCGAUACGAGUGUGACCGCAUUAAACAGUAUCGUUGUGGCAUUUGUUUUAAAGACUUUUAUAGAAGAGAUAACUUGAAAACACAUAUCAACUAUAAACAUCUGAAUAAGUUAAAUCUUACUGCUGCCCCUCCAUCCCCUGUUACUGGUGCUCCCACUAAAGAAGUUUAAUAUACUAAACACUUGUAUCUUGUUUUCAAUACUUCCAGAGUCUAAAUUUACUAGAAUUAUUUAUGCAUACACAUACACACAAACACACAUAUAUACAUGUAUAUAUAUGUAUAUUUUGUUAGUUGAAUUUAGUUAUUUUUGGUAUCUUAAAAGUUGUUUGAAAAUAUGAAGUAUUAAAUAUGAUUAUUUAAUUGUUGAACUGGUACAUGGACAUUGUUCGAAUUGAUGUUCUCAAAUAAUCAG